GUAAUGGGAAGAACCCAGACGCCCUGACUGGUGUUUGCUGCUCUUUCCAGAGGCAGGGAAGCCCUCAGGUUGGGAGCAUGGGACCUAGAGUCAGACAAAGAACCCAAGACACAGAGGUUGAAUAAUAUGCAGUCUCACAAAUGGCACAACUGGGAUUACAAUCGGGCCUUCUGACUUUAAACCGCAGGUUUAUGGAAAUUGUCCUCCAUUCCUUCCAGAGGUGUUUGCCUGGGACCUGUCUUCUUUCGGGUAUCACCUGAGGAUUAUAAAUGAAUUUAAAGUUAAACAGUAUUAACCUCCCAGGCACAACGUGUCCCUUCCUCUUUCCACGGUAGAAAAAAAAAGACGCCUCUUCUUUGCCUUCCGCUUUGCACCUCUUUUGGCCCCGGCGGCUAGCCAUCGCCCGUGAGGAGGCAGUUGCAAGCUGAGGGAUGGCGACUGGGACGCCCGAUUCGCAGGCGCGAUUCGGCCAGUCGGUGAAGGGGCUUCUCACGGAGAAGGUGAACACCUGCGGUACUGACGUGAUCGCCCUCACUAAGCAGGUGCUGAAGGGCUCCCGGAGCUCGGAGAUGCUGGGUCAGGCAGCUCGAAAUAUGGUGCUGCAGGAAGAUGCCAUCUUACACUCAGAAGAUAGUUUGAGGAAAAUGGCAAUAAUAACAACACAUCUGCAAUACCAGCAAGAAGCUAUUCAGAAGAAUGUUGAGCAGUCCUCGGAUCUACAGGACCAGUUGAAGCAUCUGUUGAAAUAGAAUGGCUUAUGAGAAGGCUUCGCCCGAUGCCGAGGAGGAAGCACCAUUGUGCUGUGGGUUCCGUCUUCCGUUUUCUUCUCCAAAAGUUAAGUUAGAAAAGGUCUGUGAAGGUGUGGAGGUUCUCCUGGAAAGAAGCAAGGUGGCUGAAUUUUGGAAGCACUUCUUGAAUCAUACUAACCCAUGCUCUUCUUGAAUUUUUAAGUUGCAUCUCUAUUUUUUUUAAGGUGCUCUAUUAGUUUGAUGUUAAAGCAAAAUUAAAAGAUGUCUUGGUUUUUCCCAGAGAACUUUAAUGUCAAAAGCUAUAUUGUCUACGUGUGAUUCUUAAACAAAUACUAGUAGUGUUUUAAAUUCAGAAAUAGAGCUUGAAUUGUGAACAUAGAAUGAUUAAUAUUCUUUUUAAAGAAUUUUUUCUUUUAAUCAUAAAUUCAGGAAAUAUUUUAAUUUUCUGGUCAAAGAUGGUGAUGGGUAAUACUUGUUUUCUUUUCUAGUAAUUCAGGAGAUACUUAUUUUAUUCAUUGUAGCAAAUACCUAAAUGAAAACUAGGCAGAUUGUAUCGUAUCUGGCCAGCUGCAAAUUCUUGCCUUGACCUGCAUUCCUAGAUUUCUUUGUUGUGACUCUUGAUUAUGUGGCCUUGGGUUUAUUUUGUAAUAUUGCUGGUAAUCAGCAGAUUCACUUGUGCGGCAUUGCCAAAUGCCAAGGCAGUUGAGUUACUGCGAGGGAUUGCGGUGUAGGGAGCGCCUUGGGGAAAACCUUAUAUUUGCAGACAUUUACCUGUGGUCAUUGACUUCAUCUCGUUAAAUGGCAUUCCCGUCAUCCACAGUUAAGUGUGAAUAUCUUUGCUUGAAUUUGACAUGGGAUUCUUUCCUGUUCCACUUCAGUUCUUAUUUAUUUAUCUAUUUAUUUUUGAGAGAUAGGGAAGGGAGGGAGAAAGAGAGGGAGAGAAACAUCAAUGUGUGGUUGCCUCUAGCACACCCCAUACUGGGGAUAUGGCCUGCAACUUAGGCAUGUUCCCUGAGUAGGAAUCAAACCAGCGAUGCUUUGGUUCUCAGGCCUGCACUCAAUCCACUGAGCUAUACCAGCCAGGGUGCACUUCAGUUCUUAAUUUACAAAGGGACUAGGAGGAAUCUGACAUAAGAAAAUGAAGUUUUCACUGGAAGGGAAAAAAAAGAGUCCAAUUUAAUUCAUAUUAUGUGUCAUCAGAUUGACUGACGACGUCAGAUUGCAUUUAUCCCUCAUGUCCAUGUCCGUGUUUACUUAAGGGUAAAAAAACAAAGGAGGUGUGAAGGAAUUCACUUUUGCAUUUAUUCUAUAAACUUUUACUAUAAUUAUGAAAUAUAAAGAAGCUCAAUUUAACUUAAAAAGAAGGGUUGCAAACUUAGAGCAAAUGCCAUAUUAAGAGUACAACAUGGGAAGCAUUAUGGAGGAUAUUCCCAUCACUGAUUCUAUUAACAUUUUGUUGGUGGUUAUGGCUAGGACAGAACUUAAAAAUAAGCGUAACUAUAGCGAUGAAGGGACAAAGUUAUUAUUACUAUCAUACGGUAGGCUUAUCUACUUAGAAAAUCUAAGGAUUGAUUGUUGAAAAAAGGUCUUUAAUUUAGAAAGCCAAAGUCUGACCAUCUAAAUAUUUAAGUACCAAAGAAAUACUUAAAAUGAGAAAUUAAAAUAAAAGUAUGCUGUGUCAUGCUGGAACAAAUAGGAAGAAGCAGUGAUUGCUUACAUUAUAUCUGAUAAAAUAAAUUUCACAAUAAAAAUGUUAAUGGUGAAUAAGAUUAUUUAAUGUAAAGAUAAAAUUUACAUUAAAUAAUAAAACCCUAGCAGUAUUGAAUUUAGUCAUUUUGAAGACCAUUUUGAGGACUACAUGAAACAGAAGUACCCCGAAAUGUGAGAACAGACCGAAAUAUAAACAUAAUUUGAUAGUUUUUUAAGAUUUUAUAUUUUAGAGAGAGGGAAGGGAGGGAAAGAGGGAGAAAAACAUUACUCAGUUGCUUCUCACACAUCCCCAACCAGCGACCUGGCCCAAGCCCAGACUGGGAAUCAAACCAGUGACCCUCUGGUUCACAGGCCAGCACUCAGCCCACUGAGCCACACCAGCCAGGGUUCCAGCUUCUUUCUCAUAGAAAUAGGUCACAUAGGAUUAAAUGGUGAUCAGACAUAUAAUGGAAAUGAAAACAACUUAUUUAAAUAAAUUUGUGUUGUAGAGGAUAUGUUGGAGGGAUAAUAUUUUGAAACUAAUGAAAAUUCAAAUUCUAUGCAAGAAAAAUUUUGUGAUGAUACCAAAGCAUUUGUAUAAAGAAAAAAAUAUGCUUUAAAUCUCGGUGUUAGGGGUAAGGGUAGAAAUAAAUGUUUUUUUAAAGGGGUUUGUGGUUAGAAUUUAGAAAGAAAACAAGAGAAAUAAAAAUGGAAUAAGAAAACCAAGCAUGAAUGACAACAAUCUGAAAAACACAUGAAACCAUGAAUUGGUUCUUACAGAUAAAAUUGUCAGCUUAAUAAUAAAACACAAGUUAAUUUAUAGUUGCACAGAUGAUGUACGAGAUGAAUCAGUUAGAUUUGGAAAGACGUGGAGACGAGAGAAUCAUAGCAGCCCAGCAUGUUGGAGUGGUGUGAGGCCUCGAAAAGUGAAUCAGUUCUGGCCCCACGUCUCACAGAUGAGAAACAAAAGCCAGGAAGAAGGUGACCUACCGAAGGUCACCAAGCUUAAGUAGGUCUUUUGACUUACCAGUCUGGCUCUCGAUUUUGUUACUUUCCUCAUAAAUAGAAACAAGGGUUGCUGCCUGUUAUUUCUGGUGUUUACCACUGAUGUGAGAGAAGGGAUGUUGAAGUCAUUGAAUCCAGUCUGUUUGUCCCAGCUCUGCAUCUCCGGCAAGUAGACAUCUAGCUGCUGCUCGAAUGCUUUCAGUGUUCAGAGAAUCCUUUACUUAGGGAUGCUGGCCAUUUUGGAAAGCCCUAUUUUUUAAAAAGAUUUUAUGUAUUUAUUUUUAGACAGAGGAGAUGGGAGGGAGAAAGAGAGGGAGAAAAACAUCAAUGUGUGGUUGCCUCCCGUGGCCCCCUACUGGGAACCUGGCUGGCUCUCAACCCAGGCAUGUGUCCUGACUGGGAAUUGAACCUGAGAUCCUUUGGUUCACAGGCCAGUGCUCAAUCCACUGAGCCACAGCAGCCAGGGUGGAAAGCCCUACUUCUCGAAUGAUUUCUGUGUACAGAACCAAAAGCUGACUUUCCGAACGGUCCUGUAAUUGUCAGACGAGUGUAUUCCAAGGCGGGAUGUGUGGAGGUGUGUCCAAGGCCAUCCUCGGAGGUGAAGGGAGAAAAUAUGAAAAUUUCUAUGUACAUUUCAUUUUUAUCCUAAAAAAAGAAACUUAGCUUUUGCUAAUAUUUAAAAUAUGGCUUGAUAUAAGAGCUCGGAUUUGGUCUCUGGAGCAUGCUGACCUACAUAGUGUACCUGUCACUUGGUGGGGGUGUAGCCAGGGCACCAACCGACUGGAGCGAAUGAUGGUGACGAGGGGCGUGGUCCAGAAUCCGCCCUGCACACUAGUUCUGGGGGGAAAACUGGGAAUGACUCAAUCUGAACUGACAGUGAUCUGCUUUAUUGCAUUUUAUCUGUGUGUUGUUAAGUUUAAGACUGUGUUUAAGGCUUAUUAAAUGACUCUUAUGAAUAACCACUAAUUGGAGAUAAUACAAUAAAGCAAGCACAAAUGAACAGUGGAAAUGACAGAGCCCUUUCCCAAAGUCCCACUCAGCUGACCCUUCAAGAUGAUAAAGAUACCACUUCAACAAGGAGUGAGAAAGUGCUUUCCCAAAGGAACUAAUUUUAUGGAGAGAGUAUUUUGUCAACUGAUGUUUAAGAGAGUUAUGCGAUUGCAAAAAAAAGAUAUGUAUAAAAAACUUUUUUAUAUACUUCAUACUUGGGACUAUUCUUAUUUAUAAAAAUAUUUCGACAAGGAUUGUUUCCAUGGGUUUAAUUUGUUAAGAAAACAAAAACACAACUAGUCUAUUCCAAGGUAUAUUUAACAUUAACACCUUCCUUCAUAUUAAUGUUAAAUACUUUCCUAUUAAUAUUCAACAACAACUAACUGACAUUAGGAAGAUUGUUAUUGGUAGAUGAAAUAAAAAAUGAGUAUAAUUGGGCCCUGGCUGGGUAGCUCAGUUGGUUAGAGUGUUGUCCCGAUGCGUCAAGGCUGUGGGUUCCAUCCCUGGUCAGGGCACGUACAAGAAUUAACCAAUAAAUGCAUAAGUAAGUGGAACAACAAAUCGAUGUUUCUUUCUCUCCCAUCAAUAAGUUUAAAAAAUUGAGUAUAAUUUAUGAAAUCUUCCAUUUAGAUAGCCUUUCACUUGGAAUCCUGUACCUCCUUACUGCCCUAAAGAACAGAUAUGCUUGUUACAACCACAAAAGGAAAUAAGAUACACAAAUAGAAGUGUGGAAGAAAAAUAAAUGUAGCUUUCUGUAAGAUGAAAUGAUAAUACCCAGUAGACACACAAGUGAAUUGAUCAAAAAUUACUAGAGGUUAAGCAUUAAUGGAGCAAAAGUUGCUUUCCUAAAUAAAGUUCAAAGUUGAGAACCGCUGCAUAUUGUAUUGAUUCCAUCUCUGUGACAUUCUGAAAA